AAUUCCUCAAGUUACACCAGUGGUGGGGUACCUAUCAAUGUAGUAUCAUACAAAGAAUUCGCAAGACAUUGAAGAUAGCUGUCAGUUUCAUGGUUCAUUUGUCUGUCAACACACUAAGCAAACGGAAAAAGCUACACGCUGCAAGAUGAUGAAAAUAAAAUAUUUUAUAAAAAUGUAAAAGACAUACUUCUGGAACUUGGAGUUCUUUGGAAAAUGUUUCUACUUCAGCCGCGCGUGACAGUGAAAUUUACUGUCGUGGACCGUUACUGUAUACUAUUCAAAUGCUUGAAGUAUUCAAUGAUUCAAAGACGUUUGUAGACAUGAAAAUGAAAUUAUUACCUAAUGAAACCAUGGAGAAAUUCAUGGAGAAGACGAAAUAUUGGAAAUAUAAGCCAACCAAAGUUCUUCUGACGGAGUUCGUCCGUAAUUUUUUUGAUAAAGAAGAUUCUGAAUUUGAAAAAUUGGCUCACAGCGAUCGGAUCGAAGAACCAAAAUUUGUUAAUAGGGAAUACAUCAUCAAAGCACAACCCCUUACAAGUGAAAGUGAAAAAGAAAACUUUUAUUCUGAGAUCAAGGCGGCGGCGGAAUCUGGGCGGCACUUUUUGAGUCGUUGGUUCAUCCUCAAUAGAACGAAUGAAGGAAACCUCUUAAAUUCAAAAACUACGUCAAUCGUCCCAGUAGAUCUAAACUCAUUAGUGUAUUGGAAUGCAAAUAUAUUGAGAAAUAUCUACCAGGAUAUGAAUGUCACCGUCAGGGCAGAGGAAUAUGAAAAUAUUGCAAAGCAAUGGAAAGAUGCAGUAACGGAAGUAUUAUAUGGCAUGAGGACUUCGAUAUAAUAAAUAAUUUAAAAUGAAAUUAUUUUUACCCACCAACAUUUUACCACUAUGUACUGGUUUGAAGAAAACAAUACCGAUUACAUUGUGUCUAGGGUAUUAAAUUAUUUAACAAAAGCAGAAAUACUGAAGUAUAAGGGGGGUAUACCAACCACUCUGAAGGAAUCUGAACAACAGUGGGAUUUUCCCAACUCAUGGGCCCCACUACAGUAUAUGACGGUGAUGGCGUUGGACAACACCGGCCAUAAAGACGCAAAAAUCUUGGCGUCCAAAAUUGCUACCAAAUGGAUUUGUAACAAUUACCUUGCGUUCAAAAGAGACAGCGCCAUGUUUGAAAAAGUAAGUUUAUAAGUUGAUGGUUAUAACGGAAUUAGACAAUUUUUAUGGUGGAAAGGUGUUACUGUGUAUCGGUAUACUGUGCAGUGUAAAAACAUUAUUUUAACUAUCAAUAUACAUUUUAUUAAAGCCUCUUUGAUUAUAAAUGUAUAUUUAUCGUUCACAACAAUUAUAACCAUCAUAAUUGUUUAAAACAAAUACUUAAAGUAGCUAAAAAAAUGUGUGCGAACCAGGGUUUGUAUUUGUAUACGAAUUCGCCACAUGUUUUGACAGUAACUAGUGAAUGCAACUGGAUAAGCAGGCUUAAGUAAUGGAGAGUACCCUAUACAGACCGGGUUUGGAUGGACAAAUGGUGUAAUCCUAGAGUGUUUGCAGAAGUACGGCUUACCGCAUUGUCCAAAAAUUGGAACUUAUAACAACACCAGUCUGCAGCGAUAACUAAUCUAACCAUUUAAAUCAUCAUAAUUGAUAAUUAGUUCCUAAUUAAUGUAAAAACAAUUGACAUUUUACAAAUUAAAAGCAAAAUUCAAAUGUCAAAAUUUCAAUGAAAUUUAUUGACAUAUCAAUAUAAACGACCCGUCAAAAUGCAUUAAAAACUAAACUGUACGUGAAUAUUAUUUCAAAAAUAAUUUCCAUUUUAAUUUUAAAAGUUACC